GGUGCAGUUAAAGGAGCAACGAUAGUCCGUAUCGUGUGACUGUAUCGCCUUAUAGGAAUUACUACUAAAUUUUCGUUCGUUAUUAUGCAAUUAAGUAGAAUUAUGUCAAUACUAUUUUUUAUUAUUGUCUACACCGCAUGUGUGAAACUUGAAACAGCUGUCCUUAUAUUGGCAAGAGGCGGUUCUAAAGGAAUUCCUUUGAAAAAUCUACAAAGAGUCGGCAGUGAGACACUCUUGGGCCGUGCAAUAAAAACGACCAAAGAGGCGGGCCUAUCUGAUAUUACCGUAUCGACUGAUCAUCCACUGAUUGCAUUAGAAGCUUUAAAAAGUGGGGUCCAUCUGUUUCACCGAAGUCCGAUUACAGCAAGUGAUUGGGCUCCUUCUAUUUGGGGUGCAUUGGAAUUUCUGGCACAUAGGAAGAAUGUGACUAUAUUAAUUCUUAUACAAGUUACUUCGCCGUUUACAUCGGCAUAUCAAUUGCACAAUGCGCUAGAAAAAAUAAAUUAUCCUAAGCCUUAUGAUUGCGUAUUUUCGGCUGUCAGAAAUUUUAAACUUCGUUGGCAGAAAAGGAAAGAUAGCUUGCGUCCUAUUAAUUUCAACGUUUUUGCAAGACCAAGAAGACAAGACUGGAGUGGUGAAUUAUUGGAAACUGGAGCAUUUUAUAUUGCAAGACGGCAUCUCAUAGAAUCCGGUUAUUUUCAAAAUUAUAAUUGCACUACCCAAGUAGUAUCAUCAUUGGAAAUUAUAACUUCUGAGAAGCACAAAAUGUCCAUGAGUAGCACAGAUACUGUGAUAUUUGAAGAUUUAGAAGCUACAGAUGUAAUAAGUGUAGAGUUAGUUCCUGAGCGAAAAGGUCUGAUACUAAAGCACUGUGAAUAUUAUGUCAGUUCCCGAAGACAUGGAACUACUGUGACAAGAAGAUAUAAUGACUUUGCACAGCUACAGGAUGUUUUAUUUGCUAAAUAUCCAUACCGCUCAAUCUGUCGCUUACCACCAAAACGCGUGGUUGUUAAUGGAGGUAGUCCCCUUUUCCUUCAGCGAAGAAGGGCGGCAUUGCAACGCUGGUUGACCUUGGUAGCACGACAUCCAGUGUUGGCACAUGAUGCCGAUCUGAGGAGCUUUUUGUGUGAAGUAACAGUCAAGCUUGAUAAACCUAAGCACGACGAAUUUGUAUUGGCGGGUACUCAGGAAAAUAGUUCUAGAGACAUGUCGACAGAUGAAAUGCAGGACACAUUUUCAACUGAUCAAGAACAGCUACGAUUGGCGCAGCUAGGCAUAGGCAGGAUAUAUAAGAUAUUUGAAAGAGUGGAAGGUAGAUGUGAAGCUGAGCGAGCCGACAUUCGAGAGAUGGGAGCCGGUUUAAGCGCCCUGUCGACACCAUCUAUUGCUGAUGGUCCAAGGUGGUCCAAUGCUAAAGAGGCAAUGAAAGCUGCUGCAGACUUGGUCACUGAAAUGAGUGACAAUUCUCAAGACGAAUUGGAUUUUACUGAAGAUGGUUCGGGUGGCAAGGUUUUGCUCGCGCUUGAUGCAUUGAAUGGAUACAGGGAGUUAUGUGGGCGGUUGACGCGCGGUUUGCACGCGGAACGUGCCGCAGCCGCCGCCGCCGCGCCGCACUCCGCCGCCUCGCAGCUGCUGCGGGAGAGACACCGGUACGCGCUGCGCUGCUCGCUCGAGGAAGCCCGCGUGGGACGUGCGUACGCGUUGGCCGCGCUGGAAUCGUUACCGGAACUGUUCCGUACGCAGGGUACUGCGCACGCUCGUGUUGCCGCACUAUGGGCCGAUCUCCACACUGCCCUCAGGCAUCCGCGCGCUAAACCCACGCUCAAAUAA